AUGACAGAAGAAGACAACCAGCCUAAAUGUCCUGUAGAUCACUCUACAAGAGAAGCCUGGUUGAGAAACAAUCCAGGCUCGACUUUUACACCUCCCACAAGCAACAACACCACUACCGCCACUGCGAAUGCUGCUACUGUUGAUAGAAAUAAUAGUGAUGAUAGGAAAUCAAAUUCUUCGUGGCUAGGCUUUGGUUGGUUGUACAGCUCAAAUGUGGAGGACAAGAAAUCCCCAGCUAAAGUCGCAGAGAAUCAACAGUGUUCCUCUGAUUCCUUGGUGGAAGAGUUAAUGAGUGAAAUAUCAAUCAAUAACAAUAAAUUGGCAGUCGACAGACAGAUCUCCUCGAUACCUAGAACAGGGGCCAAUUCAAACUGGAUAUAUCCCUCGCAGAAGCAGUUCUACGAAGCAAUGAAACGAAAAAACUGGGAUCCAGAUAGCUCGGAUAUGAAAUCUAUAGUUCCAAUUCACAACUUGGUUAAUGAACAGGCCUGGUACUUGAUCAGAUUAUGGGAAAAGGACCAAGGGGGCGAGAGUUGUGGAGGAAUCGAGUUGACGAGCUUCAAAGGCAAUUCCAAGAAGCUUACCCCAAGAGCCAGGUGGAAACUCAUCAUGGGAUACCAAAAACCCUUUGAUAGACACGACUGGACAAUCAACCGAUGUGGCAAGCAGGUUGAUUAUGUUAUUGAUUUCUACUCAGGUAAAACCAUUCCAGGAAGCGAUUUACCUAGUUUUUACUUGGACGUCAGACCCAAGCUAAAUAGUUUUGAGGGCUUCAGACUAAGAUUGUUUAAAAGCCUUGGUUUGUGA